CUGUUGGCUUAUUUCAAAGGUAAAGAUGGAGCUAAACUCUUUUUUCCCGCUGUGAGCGAUGAAGUGCUGUGAUGUCUGAUUAAGAAUCUACGCUAGGGUGUUUUUUAAUUUUCAUAAUUGUGUUUUAGGUUAGGCUCAUUUCUGGUCACACACGGUUAAUCAUAAAUCCCCAGUUUGCAAUUGUAACGUUCAGAGCUGGGCUGUUAGAGCGUGGCCUUGUUCUCGGUCAUUGAAUAAUUUUGUUCGGACCGUAGACUGUUAAUAUAUACACGGCUUUUCUUUUUCAGGAAGAUGAAUUCAAAGGACGACAAGAAGACCGAUUUAUGCACCAGGCCUGUUUUUGUGCAUAACCCACACCUGGACGCACUGAAAGAUGACGUCCUCUACCACUUUGGUUUAGGAACUGGAACUCACGACCUUCCAACUAUGUUUGGUGAUGUCAAAUUUGUGUGUGUUGGGGGCAGUCCUUGGAGAAUGAAAGCCUUCACUGAGUACAUUGCUGCUGAGCUCGGUAUGGAAGACCCCAAUUCAGAGUACCCAAACAUCUGUGCUGGAACAGACCGCUAUGCUAUGUACAAAGUUGGCUCUGUACUGUCUGUCAGUCAUGGGAUGGGCAUCUCAUCUAUUGCCAUAAUGUUGCAUGAGCUAAUAAAGCUCCUCCAUCACGCCAAUUGCACAGAUGUUACAAUUAUACGCAUUGGGACAUCAGGUGGAAUAGGGCUUAAGCCUGGCACAGUUGUUGUUACCAAGCAGUCUAUGGAUGCCACCUUCCUGCCCAAGUUUGAGCAGGUGAUCCUGGGGAAGACUGUGGUGCGCAAUACCGAUCUGGACCAAAGCCUGGCUGAGGAGUUGUUGCAGUGCAGCAAAGAGCUGAACCAGUUUGAGACAGUGAUAGGCAACACCAUGUGUACACUGGAUUUCUACGAAGGGCAAGCCCGUUUGGAUGGUGCUUUCUGCUCCUACACUGAGAAGGAUAAACAGAACUACCUCAGUAAAGCCAGUGAAGCAGGAAUCUGCAACAUUGAAAUGGAGUCAUCAGUUUUUGCUGCAAUGUGCAAGCUGAGUGGUCUACGAGCGGCUGUGGUUUGUGUGACAUUACUGGAUCGGCUGAAGGGGGAUCAGCUGAACGAGUCUCAAGAAGUUCUUCACAGUUACCAACAACGUCCUCAGAUACUGGUUGGCUACUACAUUAGGAAACAAUUGAAGGCCAAAGCAGCAUGUAGCUAAGUGCAAUAGCUAUUACACUGAUAUGCAAGCAUUCAUCAAAAUUGUCUCUUGAAAAUAAACAUGUUUUAUAGAUUCUAUGCUCACCAAUAGCCAUACCUGUAAUACCUCCAGAAUCUUGAAGUUAUGCACUGCUUUUUAUUUAUCCGUUCACACUUUUAUAUAGUUAAAUUAUUUUAAUUUCAUAUUUUAUUAUGUCUUAAUAAACCGGAUUGAACUUUUUCACUUUUGUUUCCUCUUGAAUUUAACUUAAAUACAAUUUAAGUCAGUCUUAAAUGUUAUGUAGCCGCACAUAUGAAUCAAAUGUCUUUAUUUAAAGCGGCCUCUGUUUUAUGAAACAUAAAAAGUUCCUUAUCCAUGAAACCUGUUUUGGUUCAUGACCUUUGAUAUGUCUGUGCUUAAAAUGGUGCUGUAGCAAAAUUAGCUCAAAUAGAGUAAAUCAUUUUAAUGA